AGGAAGUAAAGUUAAUUAGGGAAUGGUGUUCGAGUUUUAUUUUAAGUGCCUUACAUGGGAAAUAAAACAAAUUUAGUUUACUUAUAUAUAUCGUAAAUAUAUUUAUUAUACAUUAUUUUCCUAAGAAUUAAAUAUAACAAUCAAAUAUCGAGAAGAAACUUACUAACUUUUAUUCUAAGUUUACAUAACCAUUGAAAGUAAAAUCCACUAUGUAUUUUUGUACUAAAAUUGUCUUUAAAACGGUCGGAAGACGAUUUUUGUCAACGAACAAGUUUCGAAGUGUUACGCAUUGCAUUUUUGAUAUGGAUGGUCUACUUUUAGAUACAGAACUUGUCUACAAGAAAAUGGUCACUCAGCUGUGUGCAGCAUAUGGACAUGAAUACACGGAUGAACUUAUGAUGAAGGUUUUAGGAGGAACUGAGCAGCGUUUGUCUGAGAUUCUAUGCAAGGAAUUAAAUCUUCCAGUAUCUGCAAAACAAUUUAGAAAUCAAUUACUGGAACUAGGCGAUACAAUGCUUGCUGGCAGUCCGCUGUUAGAUGGGGCAGAAAAAUUAAUAAAGCACUUGCACAAAAGCAAAGUUCCAUUUGCAUUAGCAACUUCCUCUAGUAAAAGAUCUGUGGUUACUAAGGUAGCUGCACAUAAAGAGUUUUUCAAUUUAUUUAACCAUAUGGUCAUGGGAAGUAGUGACCCAGAGGUAAAAUUUGGAAAGCCAAAUCCGGACAUAUUUCUAGUUGCUGCUGCGCGAUUUCCUGACAAACCACACCCAUCCCAGUGCUUGGUCUUCGAGGACUCUCCACACGGCGUCACAGCGGGAAUUUCAGCUGGCAUGCAAGUGGUUAUGGUGCCCGACCCCCAUUUAGAUAGAAAACUGACUGAACAUGCCACCAUAGUUCUUCCUACUUUGUCUAAAUUUCAACCAGAGCUAUUUGGAUUACCAGCUAUGCAGUAAGGAAUAAGAUGCCUACAUCAGUGUCACAGUCCUUUGCAAAAAGUUCAGGGUUCUGUUUUGUAAAGUUACAACUUUGGUUUAUAGGCGUAGGCCAGCAGCACGAAACUUUUGACUAAUGUUUAGACUUGUAAAAUGGAAACAGCUAACAAAACGGGGUCCAGGAAUUGAACUAAAAAGUCUUCCAAAUAUUUAUAGCCAGAUUUUUGUAGUGCACUGGUAUUAUUACAUAGUGGUUCGUUUCAAAAACGCCUGCAACAUGAAGUGCACACGGAAGUCUGUUUCUAUCAAAGAGUAUCUGACUCCAUGCGGGUACCUAGUACGAGUAUACAUAUAUGUAUAUACCUAUAUGUAUAAGGCCCCCAGUUCUAUUCGAAGGAGGGGCAGUGCGAAAUUUGCAUUCAACUUCGAACUACUAAUAUUUUCUUACAUGUCUGAAUCAUUACAUCAAAUAUAUGUAAUAAAAAUUGUAUCCUCUACUUUCUAUGGAAUUUGUAUCUAGGUACAAUAUUUAGCAAUCGAGGUGACAAUGACAAACAAUGUUUAAGAGUUCGCAGCAAUCUAGGCCGGAGUUCACCUUCCCAUACAAACGGAGUUUCGCUCUCAUUUUAAAACUACGUGUUGGAUUGUAAUGAAACUUUGCACAUACAAUAACAUGAGGUAUAACUAUGCUUAAAAUCACUGCAUACAAACAUGUAUGCAGGGGUGCUAAUAGCUAAUGGUUUUGCUGACUGUACACAACCGUUGGUAUUUAAGUAG